AUGACCUUCACCAAAACAGGGUGCGGUGACGAGAUUUCAUUGGAUCUUGUGAUCAUGUGACACAUUCUAUCAAAAUGCAACCUACCCACUGAUUUUAUUUCCCAAAAGAGGAUCUAGGAAUAUUCUUGCAAGAACCCUCUAUCCACAUGUCUCACUGACAAUACACAUGAAUACUUUUAUCCAUGCGAAAAUAUCCAUUAUUUAAGCGGUGCCAUAAAACGAGAAUUUACGAGAUUUAGAUUCAAAAUGGUGGCCAAGAAAAAACCAAAAUGAUGAAGAAAUGUGUUUAUUUGAUGUUUUCUUCCAGUUAAGAUAUAAUACAAGUAUUACGAUGGGCUCACAUAUACUAGAGGUGCUGAGGCAAGGAUUAUGGGCCUCCUUAACUGGUGGAUGGUUCUUUGAUCCACAUCAGAGCCUAUUUUGUAACACUUUUCAUUUGUACCUUUGGCUCUUCCUGCUAUGUCUACCUCUGACCCUAUAUCUGUCAUUGGCGCCAUCUGUGAUAAUCUGGACAAUAUACUGUGGAUUCAUCGGAGUUCUGUUUACGACGGUGAAGAUCUUAAACUUCCGCUUGCACCACAUGUUUGAUACGAGUGAGUGUAUUGAAGAAGAAGUUGAGGAUGAGGAGGGUUCUGUGGGCAAGAGAGAAAGUGUCAGCACUACUACAGGACCAAAGUCACAUACGCAAGGGGAAACUUCAGAGGGUAUUGAGCUGACUGUUCUAAGUUCUUCAACACAGCAUGCUAGCAGUAUUACACCCCCAGUACUAUGUAGCUCUAGGGCCAGUAUGGCAGAUAGUAGAGAAAGUGGUAGUAUGCGCAGGGGUACACCCGUUGACUCAAUGGAGAACAUGGAGAUAUUAGCCAGAGAAGAGUUCAGUACAGCCACUGGCCUAAAUAAAAGAGAUUUGAAAGUUGAUGUUCACCACAUUGAAUCAGAAGAUACAAGUAGUUCCACUAUUAAGAAUGUCCCCGCAACAAAGCAGGAGAAUUCAGAUGGUUGUAGUGGAGAUGGUCCCUCAGUUCCAGGGUGUUUAGAUGUCAUGGUUCAUGAUGGAUGUACACCAAGGAUUCUCUCCACAGUAAUCACUCCCAAUGUCACCCCUGGUGUCAAACGACGUGGCAGUAAAUCACAAUCCAGUGAACAGUUAGCAGCAUCGGCAUCAGUGUCACAGCUAGAACCUCAUAGUGCAGAGCAGAUACAUUCACCACAAGGUCAUAGAGACUUCACAACCUCUUCAUCUCGUCCCUAUACAUCCCAGCCUAUAGCAUCUACAAAUAACACAUCUACAGACUCACAGGGCUUCAUUAAGACAAUCACUGUAGAUAUACCAAGUUUGAUGGAAAUCCGAGCCAGUGCCCCCGAGGUGUCCCCGGGCCACCGGAUCAAACCUAGAAAGUUACGCAAAGCUGUGCGACGGACUAAAAGCGCCCUGGAUUACUACAUAGGGCCUGAUAAUUAUGGUUUAGGGGGUGAUAUAUUUCAGACAUGUUCAUCUGGGGAUUCUCAAAGAAUUCGCCAUUCUUCUUUAGUAGAGGAGGGAGUGUGUAGUGAUACGGAAUUAUUUACUUCAACGUUCAAUCCUGAUAUAAAAUUUGCCCCACCUAGUAAAAAUCAGAGCCAAUUGCGGCCACAAACUGCUGAAGUCUCGACUCCUAUCCCAAUCCCGUCCUCAAGUCAGAGAACCUCUACCCCUACUACUGAUAUAGCAACCAGAUCCCCUAGUAGACGUGCUUUGGAAAAAAUGUUCCGUAAACGUUCUUACGAGGUUCAUGACUCUAGUACUCUUCCUGGGGUGGGACCGAGUGUCCAACAUCAUCCCCACCCCCAGGAUGUAGCCGACACAUUUAACACAUCACAUAGACCAUUCAGGGAUUUAUUAAACAAAUCUGAUAUGAGUGAUUCUUCGUUUAAUCGGUCUGCUGGUAGUGAUUCACUGAGGACUUCUACUCCGUCUAGCUCUAUAGCGGGGCCCUCCACCCGUAGUACCACACCUUCCAGUCGUAAAUCAAGUCUGACUUCAGACUCCAGUGCCAUAUCCAGUGAUACCAGCUGGAAUACAGAGAUUCAUAAACUUCUCCGCGAGAGAGCAAUUCUUAAAGAAGCUGAAAACAAUAGCAAAAAGUCAGAUUCUAGUCAUACAUUAACUGAACAGAAUUCAAAAUCUGUAGAUCCAUCCUCAAGGACUAAAGCUCCUAAUGGAAGGACUAAGACAAAAAACAUGGUAGAUCCAAAUGUAAAAACUAUAGACCCCAACAUAAAUGCUAAUACAAAUACAAAAUCUGCAGUAGAGCCUAGUGUGAAACCCAUGCCUGUUGAGCUAAAUGGUAAUUCAAAGGGCAAAGAAACUGCCCUCGGUAAGCUACGAGGGUUGUUCAAUGUUUCCACUGAGGAUACACGGUCCAUACAUUCCCAGCAAAGUAGUGUGGUUGCUCUUGACUGGUUGUUCAGUGAGGAUAGUGAAUCGGCCACUUCAGGGGAGGUAUCUCGUUCCCAGUCAUUUGAUGACUCAUCAAGUACAUUGACCAAUGAGGAUGACAGCGCUUUUGACAUGUCAAGUGUUCGCCACCGGCCCCUUUCCCGCCUCUCAACACAUAGACACAAACCAAAGGAUACCAGUACCCCCUCUAGUACUAGUACUGUACCCAAAGACAUCAGUAACACAAGUGGAGUGUCAUUCUUAGAUGAUCUCGAACAAUCAGAGCUUCAGAGCUCCUCGAGAGACGCAUCAAGCGAAAUGUCCAAUUUAACAGACGUUAGUGUAGAAUCUGAUACAAAAUCACCAGAUCAAACUGCACCCCCACCCCCGCCCCCACCUGAUCCUUUUGGGCUAUUGAACAGUCCAGAUGAUGAGGUGUUUCACAGUGCAAACAGUGGGGCCUCGAGUCCAGGUAGUCCAAUGAGUCCUGUCAGCCCCCUGUCCAGUAAUGACCUAUGGUUAGAGACUAAGCUAGAUAAAAGUCAAGGUGCUAUACCAAAGACUAGACCCCCUGUGGUGGAUGUGCCCUCCUCGCCAGAGGAUGACAAGGAUUAUCUGCCUCCAGAUAUUGCAGACACUGUAGAAUUGAGUAAGAGGCUACUCGAGAUACUCAAUAAAGAGGACAGGCAUGAGUGUGAGGAAGAGCUCAUGAAACUCAAGAAAGAAAUGGAGAAACGAAGAGUAUUGGAACCUGCUGGAAGAGAAGCGCAAGAUUCUCGAGCUAGGCGUCGUCAUGCCGCAGGGGAACUAAUGGGUCCAGAGGCUAGUAGUAGCAGAGAAUCAUCAACCGCUUCCCAGAGGUCAGAGUCUUCAUCGCUACUCCCUACAGCAAGUCCUGUGGUACAGACUGACCCUGAACCUGACGAGAAACGCAGUCGACAUUCCAGCGGAGGAAGGAAGCAUCGUAGGAGAACUAGACAAAGGCGUGUCACACCACCAGGGGUCUCUGCUGAUGCAGUUGUCACAGCAACUGGGGGUAAACAUAUGGCAUCUGACCACAAUGACACAAGUGAUGGUGCAGUACACUGCUUCCAAGAUGAACAUGGCAACUGGCUUACAUAUUCAUUUGGGGAGACCAGUACAGGAACUGCCAUUGGCGUCAUUGAAAAACCUGCUGCAGAAAAACUUAAGGAAAUUGACUCUGAGGAGAAGUGGGGUGUCUCCUCAACUGGCUCAGACUCUACUGUGAUAUUAGACUCCCCGAAGCCCCCUAGGAGGAGAGAAACCAACCCAACAUCGGACAUUGUCCUCGACUUGGACCUCCGGCCUCGUCUACUCCCAUUUAACAUAGAACACCUAUUGGAACGUGCUAAUUUACAAACAUUAGACCCUGCUACAGAUUCUGAUAUUAGCGAUGCUCAGGACACAACUGUUGUUGAUGAUAAACCAAAGCAUUAUUACAAGUUUUACUGUAUACCGUCAAGUUUUUUAAAAGUCUGGUUUGAUAGACUGGGAUUGUUAGCUUUGUUAGACAGGAACAUCUCACUCAGUGAGAAUUUGGUCGCCAUUCUCUUAGCCAUACUAGUGGGGGUCUUAGGCAGUCUUCUCCUCACUCAGGGAUUCUUUACAGACUUCUGGAUAUUUCUCUUCUGCUUUGUAAUGGCCAGUUCUCAGUAUUCAUUAUUAAAAAGUGUCCAGCCAGAUGCUUCCUCACCCACUCAUGGAUUCAACCGAGUGAUCGCAUUCAGCCGUCCAGUAUAUUUCUGUCUCUGCUGCUCUCUAAUACUGCUGCUGGAGCAUGCGUGCAACAAUUGGUACCACACCACAGUUACAGUCUAUGGCCUAGAAUUUACAAGCCUUGGUUCAUUGACAUUCGCUAGGGAUAUGUUAUUAGUGUUUGUCCUUUGUUUCCCUUUGAUCUUCACAUUAGGUCUACUGCCCCAAGUGAACACAUUCACAAUGUACGUCUUUGAGCAAAUAGAAAUGCACUUCUUCGGUGGAAAUGCUACCACCAGUCUUGGUGCUUCAAUCUUUACUGUGUUCAGAAGUGUAUUUGGUGUGGCAUUCCUUUAUGGGUUCUGCUAUGCAGGUCUCAGGGAGGAGGACACAUCCCAGCAUGUUCUGUUCUCUGUAUUUGCUGGACUGCUGGUCUCAGUGACAUACCACCUCAGUCGCAAUCCAUCAGAUUAUACUGUUCUUUGGGCCUUACUGAAGGAUACCAUCAUCACCAAGGCAGAAGAGGAGGUAGAAGGGGAGGAAGGAGUGCCCCAGGAACUAAAGGACCCUCUACCUGAGAAACUAAAAGCUUCAGUGUAUGAUCGCCUCAAAUCUGACCUGAUUGUAUGCUGCUGUGUCGCUGUUUUGGUCUUUGCUGUUCACGUCAGCACAGCAUUUAGUAGCCCCAACCUACAGCCCACUCUGAUGGAUGUGCUAGCUUAUAUUGGAGGUGGGUUUGGUAUCAUUAUACACUACUUCAUACCCCAGUUGAGGAAAGAGAUGCCAUGGCUGUGCUUUUCACAUCCUGUACUACAAAGCCACGAAAGGUCACAGUUUGAAGUCAGAGAUGCUGCAAAAAUCAUGUGGUUUGAAAGACUCUAUGUAGGGCUUAGAUUUGUGGAACGUAAUGUUAUCUACCCUACUGUAUUCCUCAGUGCACUAACUGUUUCUACACCAAAGAUAAAGGACAAGUUUGGACUCUAUGGAGGUACAGCAGUUAUUGUGGUUUGCAGCCUCAAAGUGUUCAGAAAUGCAUUCUCCGACACUCCUAAACAGCAUUUAAUCCUAAUGUUCACUUUCCUGUUCUUCAAAUACGACUACAGACAUUCUUCUGAGACUCUCCUCAUCGAUUACUUCAUCUUUUCCAUUAUAUUUUCCAAGUUCUAUGACUUCCUACUGAAGGUUCGAUUCAUCAUAACCUACAUCUCACCCUGGCAGAUCACAUGGGGCUCAGCUUUCCAUGCCUUCGCUCAGCCGUUCAGUGUGCCUCAUUCUGCUAUGUUGUUUGUGCAAGCAGCCGUUUCUGCCUUUUUUGCCACUCCUCUCCAGCCCCUCCUUGGCAGUGCCAUCUUUAUCACCUCAUACAUCCGACCAAUCAAAUUCUGGGAAAGAGAUUACAACACCAAGAGAGUUGACAACACAAACACGCGUCUUUCCUCCCAACUGGAGAAGAACCCAGGAACAGAUGAUGACAACCUCAAUUCCAUCUUCUAUGAGCAUCUCACAAGGUCUCUCCAACAUAGCCUUUGUGGCGAUCUGGCUAUUGGACGGUGGGGGAAUGCUGCCCAGGGGGACACCUUCAUCAUGGCAUCUGACUACCUCAAUGCACUCAUACAUAUCAUUGAGAUGGGAAAUGGACUUGUGACCUUUCAGCUAAGAGGACUGGAAUUUAGGGGCACCUACUGUCAGCAGAGGGAGGUUGAGGCUAUUACAGAGGGAGUAGAGGAGGAUGGAGGGUUUUGCUGUUGCGAACCAGGCCACCUGCCUCACUUUCUCUCUCUGAAUGCCGCCUUCAACCAGCGCUGGCUCGCUUGGGAGGUGACAGUCACCAAGUACAUUCUUGAGGGAUACAGUAUCUCUGACAACAGCGCCAUCUCUAUGCUACAAGUCUUCGAUCUCAGGAAAGUCCUUAUCACAUACUAUGUUAAGAGUAUUAUCUACUACACAGUUCGCUCCCCAAAAUUGGAACAAUGGCUAGAGAAUACAGAUAUCCAGAAUGCAUUGCAACCUGCCCUCGAUAAAAACUACGUUGAUGUUGACCCAAUGUUUAACAUUCACGUUGAUGAGGAUUAUGACCAUAGAGUUGGGAUAUCAGGAGUCUCAAAACACAGUUUCUGUAACGUCUACCUGGAGUGGAUUCAAUACUGUGCAUCUAGGAGAGAACAGGCUGUGGACAGUGGGAAGGAUUCUCUCCUGGUGUGCCUAUGUUACUGCCUCAGCCUGUUGGGACGUAGAGCUUUGGGAACAGCCUCGCAUAACAACUCAUCUGGCAGCAUUGACUUUUUUCUUUAUGGCCUACAUGCACUGUUCAAAGGAGACUUCCGCAUCACCAGCCAGAGGGAUGAGUGGGUGUUCGUUGACAUGGAGCUACUUAGACGUGUCGUGGCCCCAGGGGUCAGGAUGUCUCUCAAACUACACCAGGAUCACUUCAGUUCUCCAGAUGAAUAUGAAGUAUGCCAGGUACUCUAUGAUGCCAUAACUGAACAUGAGCAGACUAUGGUCAUAUCACAUGAGGCUGAUCCUGCCUGGAGAAAUGCAGUAUUGUCCAACACACCCUCUCUGCUGGCUCUCAGACAUGUGUUGGAUGAUUCCCAGGAGGAGUACAAAAUCAUAAUGCUCAACAAACGCUUCCUCAGUUUCCGGGUCAUCAAGGUUAACAGAGAGUGUGUUCGGGGAUUAUGGGCAGGUCAACAGCAGGAGCUUGUGUUUCUAAGGAAUGUUAACCCAGAGAGGGGAAGUAUCCAGAAUGCAAAGCAGGCACUUAGGAAUAUGAUCAACUCAUCAUGUGAUCAACCAAUAGGGUAUCCCAUCUAUGUGUCACCUCUCACUACGUCAUACUCUGGCACCAAUCAGCAUUACAACAGCAUUAUUGGCAGCGAGUUCAGUCUCAAGGGGGUCAAGACAGCCAUCAGGAAUGGUUGGAAGAGAAUGCGAGCUCAUUGUGGUGCAAGCUGUCACAGUGGAAGUGCAGGUCUGGGAGAAGAUGGAUGUGGUCAACCUUGUCCCCCAACACAAACUCAGCAUUCUACAGGUGGAGAUCGCAAUCUCACAGUGCCUCCUGUUGGUCAAACUGAUGGCAGCGCACAGACGUUGGCCACCAGGGGGAGUCUGAUAUCAACUUCAAGUUCAGCCAGCAAACCCAGCUCUGCCUUUGUUAGCAUAGCUGGACUUAUAGCAGAUAGCACAAGUGCCAAAGAUCCAAUUUCUCACAGGGUUCAGAUUACUGAUCCUAACAUGGUAUAUGACAAAAUCAACCUUGGUCGAAGGAUUGAUGUCCAGUGGCCUAAUGAGGACUGGCGUCAUAAUGGGGGCAAGAACCAUUGGAGUGGUUGGACCCCUGAGCGGGACAUGGAGGGUACGGUGGUCCAUCGCUGGCUGCCAUGUCAUCGUGAUCCCCUCAAACGCUCACACGUCGACAAAGUGAUCCUACUGGUGCAAAUAAAUGAUAAAUAUGUGCCAAUUAGGGAGGAAGGGAUCCAAGAUCUUGGAGCUGAGGUGUGAUUCUGAAUGAUGCGAUUCAAACCACAAAUCUGAGAUGAAACUUGUGUAGGAAUGAGAGUGGUCAGAUGCAUCAUUCAAACCUGUAGACACAAGAAGAAUGUAAACAUAAUGUCAUUAUUAGACAUAUAUAUUCAUAUUUUAUAUUGACAAAGAGGAAUGGAGAGAAGAUGUCAUAAUUGAUUAAAAAGAUCUCAGUACUUAUUGAAUAUCUCUCAAGUAUUGUAAAGUACUAUUUAUUAACUGAAUCCUAAGGGAAGAAUAAUCACAAUGCAAAAAUAUCUGCAUUAAGGGACAAGGUCAAUAUUUCAAUGUUGUUCUAAAUGUAAUUAAAAUUAUAUUUCAGCGUACAUCCCAUCCCCUCUUCCUCCCUUCCAAAUUGAUUUUUUUUAAAAUUAAUAGUCAUUUUCUCUAAAAAUACAGAGACAUGAACAAAACGUGUCGGUCUUUUAUAUUCUCCUUCCAAAAUGUAAUGAUAAUAAAUUUUUAUAAUUUUUUUAUUUAGCCUUGAAAUAUAAUUAUUAUGUUUUGUGGACAUACAUUGAUGUGUAGACCUUGUCUCAAUCGAGAAACAUACUAGUAAAUUCAACAUUAAUGUGACUAUAAGGCUAUAAGGAUGGCAGGGAAAUGAUGAGCUGCUGACUAAUGCUGAUAUGUGAAACAAUGCAAAUUAUCCCUGAUUAUGAAAUAACAUUCAAAAUUUAGUCAAAGUGAUAUUAUAUUUGAAAUCUACAUUGAAAGAGAAAUGUCGCUUAAAAAUUGUUUGUCAGCUUUGAAAUUUUAAAGUUGAUAAAGAAUCAAGAUUAAAAUUUUAUCUUUGAUGUUUUAGUUCAGGUUGUAUUAUAUGGCUAGUUGGAGGCCAUUUUGUUGAAUAUGAAUCAGAAAAACCAUGUAGAUGGCUGGCAGAGAAAAUCAUUUGGUCAUUUUAAGUAAAAUAUGAUGUAAUUUUUCAAAUUUCAAAUUGAUGGGCUUCAUUUACUAAUGAAAUAUGCUAUGAUUGUAAAGCCCAUCAAUUUUUAAAACAAUUAAUAGAUAUUCAUGAACAAAUUAUGUUUGUAAGGACCAGUCCAUCAGCUAUUGUUGAGUUGAUUGUUUAUAUCUCAUUGUGUUUGUAUUGAAGACACCAGUUAUAUUGUGAUAGUAGUCAAUGGCAUUGCAAAUUACGUGUAGUGACAUACUUUUUGUUAAAAAUAAUGAUGUGUAUUUACAGGGUGUUCAUAAAGUCCUGAUAACAUGUUUUAUAUUAUUUUGGUAGGAAUUUUGUCUUUUGAUAGUUGCAUUGAUAAUUGAAAGUCAAAACAAUUUAAAAUAACAGAGGUUGCUAAGCCAAGCGUGUUACCAUAGAAACCAUAUGUAGAAACUAUUAAGUGAAAGUCAGAUAUUGGAAUUAAGGAAUUAAGACCAAGAUUUUAUGAUUUAUGGCGUAAUAUAUGACCAAAAAUUUUAUUUUGUUCAUUGUUAGCGAUUGAGGUCUUUAGCAAUGGCCAGAAUAAAAUUUGAGGUCAU